AGAAAACGUCUGCCGCGUGGUGGACUGUUAAUACAUCCAAUGGUCAGAGUGGUGGUGUCUAGUCUGUCCGUGGUGCGACGGUGGGUGAACACACUGGACGGGACAGGACAGAGCUACAUGGGGGACGCGAGCGACGGCGGCUGCUACGACUGCUCCUGCAUCACGGAGGGAACCAACCCGCUCUCUGGAGAAAUCUGUCGGGCUUCGCGACGCUCCGCUGCGGGAAAUUGACUUGAUGAAAUAAACAAACCGAGUAUGAACACGCCGCUUUUGAGUGUCCCUUCCUCUGAGCAUGGACUGACCGAAGACCCUCUCCGGGUGAUUUGAUGGGGCUGCUCAGAGUCAUGAUGCCGCCCAAGUUGCAGCUUCUGGCGCUGCUGGCGUUCGCAGUGGCCAUGUUCUUCCUGGAGAACCAGAUCCAGAAGCUGGAGGAGUCCCGGGGAAAGCUGGAACGAGCCAUCGCCAGGCACGAGGUACGAGAGAUCGAGCAGCGGCACACGCAGGACGGCCUGCGGGAGCGGGACUCCGCGGCGACGGCUCUGUCCAACAGCGAUGACGACGUGGUCAUCAUCUACAACCGCGUGCCCAAGACGGCCAGCACCUCCUUCACCAACAUCGCCUACGACCUGUGUGGGAAGAACCACUACCACGUCCUGCACAUCAACACCACCAAGAACAACCCAGUCAUGUCCAUACAGGACCAGGUUCGGUUUGUGAAGAAUGUGACAGAAUGGAGGGAGAUGAAGCCGGCUUUUUACCACGGACACGUCUCCUUCCUGGACUUCACCAAGUUUGGGGUGAAGAGGAAGCCCAUCUACAUAAAUGUGAUCAGGGACCCCAUUGAAAGGCUGGUGUCCUAUUAUUACUUCUUGCGCUUCGGGGACGACUACAGGCCCGGCUUGAGGCGCAGGAAACAAGGAGACAAGAAGACAUUUGAUGAAUGUGUAUCAGCCGGCGGCUCAGACUGUGCACCUGAGAAACUCUGGCUCCAGAUCCCCUUUUUCUGUGGCCACUACUCUGAAUGCUGGAACGUGGGCAGCCAGUGGGCUCUGGAGCAGGCCAAGUACAACCUGGUGAAUGAGUACAUGUUGGUCGGCGUGACAGAAGAGCUGGAAGACUUCGUCAUGAUGCUGGAGGCCGCGCUGCCGCGCUUCUUCAAAGGAGCCACCGAGCUGUACAAAACAGGUAAGAAGUCCCACCUGAGGAAGACCAGCGAGAAGAAGCCGCCCACGAAGGAGUCCAUCGCCAAGCUGCAGCAGUCGGCCAUCUGGAAGAUGGAGAACGAUUUCUACGAGUUUGCGCUGGAGCAGUUCCAGUUCGUCAGGGCGCACGCCGUCAGAGAAAAGGACGGAGAGCUCUACCUGCUGGCACAAAACUUCUUCUACGAAAAAAUCUACCCCAAAAACUGAAGGAGGAGUGAAAGCGGGCGAAAUGAGGGGGGGGCUGCUGCUGCUGACUGUGCCUCGUCUGUACAUGUGCUUGAGAACGUAAUGUGGCGCAGCGGAACAAACCGGCGGUGACGCUGCAGUCGACAGGUGACAGUUGUUAUUUACACCUGUCCCCGCCAACUGGACGAGGAGCUUGUGUUUCGUCAGCAGGCUGUGUUUCGUCAGCAGGCUGUGUUCCCAGCGGCUCCUCCACUCCCUCUGACUUCCAUGCCAAAGGUCGUCCGUGCUGAGGCCUCUGCAGGCACGUGUCCUGACGACGACCCGGCCAACGGUCGAUCGGACGGCGACUCCUGAUGGACUUCACUGUUCUUUUGGAUGACACGUUUUCAUUGGCUCUGUACUGUUUGGUUGUGUUUGGUUGUAUUUUAUCUCUUUAAUAUGGUUGUCGUUUGUAUGUAAAGACAUUUUUCAUGGUGAAACAACCCCCCAUGCCUCACCACCACUACUAACUUAAACAGAUGUAAGAAACAGGCUACUUUGCUGUAUUAUUGGUCUUGAAUGAGAACAUUUGAGGUUUUUAUGAAAUAAAAAUCCUGUGACCAUGGACUAUU